CUUUCGUAAACAGCCUCAACCCGCGCAUGCCCAACCAAGCGUAUCUUUUUCUUUCUCCUCCCCUCUCUCUCUGUUAGGGUUUCUCCCACUCACUCGAUCCGUUCCAAGAUCACACCUCCGACGAUCUCCUGCUCGCUCGCGAUUGCAGUGAUGGACGAGGGGAGCAAGAGCACGGCGAGCUUCCCCAAGGUCGCCAGUGGCAGUCGUUCCUCCCUGGGCACACCGGCCUUCUCCGGCGGCCACUCGGCCUCCACCAGCGGCAGCGCUGGGUCUCCAUCCAGUCGGAGCGAUCCUGCGGCGAGGACGCCUGCCAGCGAAAACACCCUGGUUAGGCUGAACCAUCUCGAUAUCCAGGGGGAGGACGAGGGGACGCCCGAAGGGGCCGUCAGUGGUAAAAAGAAAAAGAGGGGUGUACGAGCAGUUGGAGGUGAUAAAAGUGGUAGGGGACUGCGGCAGUUCAGCAUGAAAGUCUGCGAGAAGGUGGAAAGCAAGGGGAGAACCACUUAUAAUGAGGUUGCAGAUGAACUUGUAACUGAAUUUACAGAUCCCAACAAUAAUCCAGGCUCUCAAGAUCAGCAACAGUAUGACGAGAAGAACAUACGGCGAAGGGUAUAUGAUGCACUGAAUGUUCUCAUGGCAAUGGAUAUUAUAUCUAAAGAUAAAAAAGAGAUACAAUGGAAAGGUUUACCUCGGACUAGUCUUAAUGAUAUUGAAGAGUUGAAGGCAGAACGUACUGGGUUGAAGAACAGGAUUGAGAAGAAAACUGCGUAUUUGCAAGAAUUGCAAGAUCAAUUUAUAGGUCUCCAAAACUUGGUCCAACGGAAUGAGCAGUUGUAUGGAUCAGGACAUAUUCCAUCAGGCGGCGUUGCUUUACCUUUUAUCUUGGUUCAGACUCGUCCUCAUGCGACUGUAGAGGUGGAAAUUUCAGAAGAUAUGCAACUGGUGCAUUUUGAUUUUAACAGUACUCCCUUUGAGCUGCAUGACGACUCAUACGUGCUUAAAGCAAUGGGAUUGUGUGAAAGAGGGCAACAUGAUGGUGCUCCAGAACCGAGUUCUAAUGGAGGUGACUGCUCCAGCAUGAGUGGAAUGUAUCAACAUGAAACUUCGCAGGGUUCGAGGUCCAGUUCCAUGGGUAAAAUGAUAACUUCUCCUCCUAAACCUGGAAUCUUAAAAGCUCGUGUGAAGAAUGAACAUUAACCAUCAUGACUAACAACCUCAGUUGUUACCUCUGCAUGUUUUUUUUUUUGUUUUGUGGCUGUUGAUGUCUUUUUUGUUCUCUUUCUUCCCUUUUGUCAUGAAGCACAUAUAAAUUAGGGGAUAAGUGGCGGAAACCAAUUGGGAUUUGUCUGCUAACUUAGCUUUUUAACAAGUUGGAGGGACCUCAAGGUUGGAAGUUCCUGCCUAAGAAAUCAUGUGUUAUUGUAAUGUAACUGUGUAUUAUCUCUUUUCCCUGACCUAGAAUGAAAUGCUCUGAUUCCUACAA